AUGGACGCCCACGCCCUCCUCACAUCCCAGGGCUGGCGCGGCGCAGGCCACUCCCUCCACGCGACCUCGGACGCGAUCGGCCUCUCGAAGCCCCUCCUCCUCAACCGCCGCGACGGCAACAAGGGCAUCGGGCAGAAGGCCCACUACACGAGCGACCAGUGGUGGAUGAACGCCUUUGACGAGCAGCUGCAGGGGCUCAGCACGACGACGGGCAAGGACGGCAAGCUGGGCGUCGUGCAGGCUGUGCAGAACGGCGGGCGCAUCGGCGGCGUCGAGAAGGGGGCCGGCGGGCGGUGGAAGCUCGGGGGCUGUUUCGUCAAGGGUGGGUUCCUCGAGGGGACGAUUGCGCUGAUUGAGAGGGAGAAAAAGCAAGACGGUGAGGACGAUGAGGAAGAGGUGACGACGACGAGUGAGGAUAGCGCGACGGGCACGUCGACGCCGGUCGGCGGUGGCGAGGCCAAGGAGAGCAAGGCGCAGAGAAAGGCGAGGCGGGCGACGAGGAGGGCGGAGAGGGAGGCGAAGAGGCAGAGGAAGGAGGCCAGGAGGGUGCUGAAGGCUUCCAAGACGUCGUCGAAGAGCUCCUCGAAGAGGGCGUCUUCUGACGAUGACUCGGACAAGUCGAAACAAGACGAGACGAAAGAGGAGCGGCGCGCGAGGAGAGAGGCGAAGAGGAUACGACGGGCGGCGUGA